AUGCUGCUACAGGAGGUCUACACGGCCUGGAGGAACCGGCGCAUACUCACGCUCGUGACUUUCGACGCGAAAGGUGCGUAUAAUGGUGUAUGCAAGGAAAGGCUCAUACAGCGCAUGCGAGCGAGGGGCAUACCGGAGGACCUGCUCCGCUGGGUUGAAGCUUUCUGCUCGCAUCGCACCGCAACGAUACAUAUCAACGGGCAGACAUCGCAGAUGCAGGACCUUUCGCAGGCCGGCCUACCGCAAGGCUCACCUCCAUUACAGGUACUGUUCCUCUUCUUCAACGCAGAUCUCGUUCAACAGCGGUUUGACCGUCAUGGCGGGGCCGUGGCUUUGUCGACGACUUCACAGCGUGGGUUACGAGCACCAUGGCGCAGGGCAACCGCGCCGGAAUCGAAGCAAUGUGGUGCAACCUUCAACGUACAGAAGACAGCGAUCAUACACUUUACUCGCAAACCGCACAAGUCAGAUACACAGCCGUUCACGAUCAAAGGCCAGCUCGUCUACCCUAAGACUAGCGUGAAGGUUCUCGGAGUCACUAUGGAUGCUGGCCUCAAGUACAACGAGCAUAUGGCUACGGCAGCUAACAAGGGGUUGGAAGCUGCAAUGGGACUGCGGCGACUACGAGGCGUGACUCCGGCGACGGCAAGGCAGCUAUUCGCAUCGACAGUAGCCCUUGCGGUAGACUACGACUCCAAUGUCUGGAUGCAUGCCUGCAAGAACAAAAGCGCCAGCGCAAUUAAUCGUGUCCAGAGAGUUGGAGCGCAAGCUAUGGUGGGCACGUAUCUCACUGUCGCAACGGUCGUGGCCGAAGCUGAGGCACACAUCGCCAGUGCGCAGGAGCGAUUUUGGAAGAGAGCGGUCAAGAUGUGGACGGACAUCCACACCCUGCCCACAACCAACCCGCUUCGCAGCGCGACAUCCUGUAUUCGGAAGUUUAGGCGUUACCAUCGUUCACCAUUCUACCAGGUUGCGACGGUGCUCAAGGAGAUCCCUAUGGAGGAACUGGAGACGAUCAAUCCCUUCACGCUGGCACCGUGGGUCGAGCGAGCUCGAACGAUAAUCGCCGAUGAAACUGGGUCAGAAACGCCUGGAGUUGGCAGUGACGGAGUGGUACGCAUCGCAUCGAGAUGUUCAGCAAGAAACGAUGUUGUCGGGAUCGGCGGCAUCGUUGAGAUACCAGCACCGACGCACGGGCCCGCCAGGGUCGAGCGAUUCUCGUCAACUAUCGGCAUGCGGAAGAAACAGAAUCCGUUCUCGGGAGAGCUGGCAGCCAUUGCCUGUGCGUUGCAGCGCCUACCUGCGCUCGACCACCAGCACAUCGUGUGCAUGUCGACCAACAAAGCGGCCGUUCUCUCCCUCGGUAAACCCCGUCAGCAGUCGGGGCAGGAGCAUCUUACGCACAUUUACGACUGCAUUGAGUCUCUGAAGGACGAUAGAAACACUGUGACCUUUGCCUGGAUACCUGCCAGCGCAGAGCAUGAGCUCUUAAAGGCCGCGAAGGAAGAGGCGCGAAAAGCAACCGCGAAAGGAACCACCCCAUCCGGUACAGCACCGCGAAUGCGAUCCACAACGUUGACUAGGGCUCGUGCAAUCCAGCACAUAGACAAAAGCAUCCCAGAUCACCUGGGCAAGCGCAUCAGAAUGGUCGAUACUGCAUUUCCGGGAAAGCACACUAGACGUCUAUACGAUGACUUGUCGAGAGAUGAAGCUAGCGUGCUGGCGCAGCUUAGGACGGGCAUUGGUGGACUAAAUGGGUACCUGUAUAACCUCAGAUUGGCGGCAUCGCCGCAAUGCGCGUGUGGGCACGCGCCCGAGACGGCGGCGCAUUUUCUAUUCCAGUGCAGACAAUGGGCAACGCACCGACACGAGAUGAUGCAAAGCACCGGGACCCGGCGAGGAGAUCUUUCGUUUCAUUUGGGAGGGAAGUCACCCUCGGACGACGCGACGUGGUCACCUAACAUGGAGGCUGUUCGUGCAACAAUACGCUUUGCGAUAGCGACAGGACGGCUCACCAGUACUCGACAUUGA